UAACGCUUUGUUUCGCUGCUAAAUUUCCUUCUCUGCAGACAAUUGCGGAGUCUUCAUUCUAGGGAAUGGUUGAACUCAUUUCUCAACCAUGGUUAGAAAACAGGAAGCACAGAGAUGAUUGCUAAGACCAUUGAGAAGGGGAGAAAAAUGUAAAUCAGAAAAUUGGAGUGCUUGAUUGGAUGGUAUGCGAAUAGUUAUUGUGGUAGCGUUGCGUUUUGGUCGUCCUCGCAACCUCAGCUGUUCUUGGAGGGAAAAUAACGUAUUGGAUUCUAUAAAGGCUGUCAAAUGAUAGUUUAUAAAAAGGUAAGAGUAUUGUUGUCAUCUUACGGGCUAGUAAUGCCUACUUCUUGUUUUAAUAAACAGCUGGCUUUCCUCCUGACUCCGUGAUCAUUAAUUUUUUGCGGUUUCAUUACGGCAUACAGCGAAGGAGAAAAGUUGACCCGGUCAAGCAAAUCUUGGCUCGAAUCGACGAAAAACAGAGCAAGGUAAAAGAAAUCCUUUAAUUGCAUGGCUUAGAGGCUUUUUCUUGUUACUUUUAUGAUCAUAAUUAAUCUUAAUCCCUGUGGCAAGUUCUUUGUUUUAUACUCUCGCUAAGGAGUAAUUUGAUUUCGUUGUUCAGUGUCUACGAUAGACAUCAUAAAUAAUUGAAAUAACGUUAGGAUAAGACCGAGCUUGAACUCAAAUGAAAGCAUUGUACUUUUCUCAACUGUUGCUUUGUGUACUUUUGUGUUUGCUGAGAAAUUCACGCUGAAUAAGGAAUUUAUACUGCGUUAAACAACUGGCGUAGCGCCGACUUGGUAGCCAUAGAAACAUGCCUUUUAAAUUUUGCAUGAAUUAUAAUGCUACAAGAUAAUCAUAUGAGGUGUAGAUUUUUUCUUCUUAUUCGUAAAAUGAACCAAGUAUUCUAUGUUAGAAUUGUCUUUUUUUAAUUGUCAGUUCCCAAAUUUAAAAAUGGUAAUUUACGUUUAACUUAUUUUUUAAUAACCAUGAAAUGUCAAUCACAUGGAUUAACAAAUUGAGCAGGAUUCAACUUAAAUGUAAACUUGGGAGCCAUGAUAGUUUUUUUCUGGGUAUCUUAAGUACUGAUCAUCAUGCAACAUCCAGAGAUACAAAUCGUCCAUCUUUAUGGUUUGAUUGCUGCGUGAAAAUUUAAUCUUUUGGCAGCUUUCUGCCAAAAAGACUUGCAUUGAAAAAGCAAUAUCAAAUUUUCUUGAAUUACAUUUACCUUCAAAAUGUGGCCAGUAAAUUGAUAAAUCUGUGCAAUUUCAUGCGUGGUGAAAAUUUUUCCUGCUCUGAGGCAGGAAGAUGGGGCCUCUGAAGAUUGGUAAGGCUUGACAAAAAUUGGAUGAAAAAAAAAUUACUGGGUGCAGUUGUCUCCAGUCACUGAACUCAUGACAGUUUUAUCUGGCAAAAUAAACAAAAAAUUUCCUUGUAGGCCUGGGCAAGUAUUAAAAUGAUUUGAUUUAAGAUAUGUAAUAUAUAUGUCUUAGAGGACGUUUUGAUGUGGAGUAUCCCUGGGUAUUUUUGAGUUGUGCUGUAUUUUGAUGAGCCUGUAGGACGAGUAGAAAUACAAUGAGUAAAUAUCCUAAGCAAUACCACAAACCAAAAUGUCUCAUAAGUUAUUUAUUAUCCAACUGCUUUUUUUCUGCCAAGUGUUUCUGCUCAUUUCUCAUAAGGCAGGAAAAGCAAAGCAGAUAUAGAAGCAUAGUGUGCACAGCUAACCUGUGAAACAGGUUUUUUUAAAAUACAAAAUAACCAACUGCACAAUAUCACAGGAUAUUUGUACUCUGUCCACGUGUUAUUUGUUCUCGGUUUUGUGCAGUUGGAAAAUUAGAUAUGAUAAAAAUAGUGAGGAUAAUUUACAGAAGAAUAUUGUGUAUUUAUAUAUAAUUAUGUGUGAACAUCAAUCCUUAAUUUUAAUGUUUAACUUGUAGACAGGGUUAUCAUUAUACUCAACAACUGAUGUCCAUGAACCAGCGAAGGAAGAUGUUUUACCUAUGGUAAAUCCCUCAAGUGGUAGGCAAUUCUUCAUUUUAUUUCUUUUUCACCACUUGAUGUACUUAAUGUACUCUAUGAACAAGGGCCACAGGCAGUCAUUGGUUUUUAAGUUUUCUUGUGCCAUUUUGGCAAUUUUCCAUAUUUUAUGCAGAAAAUUUCCAAAUUAAGUAAUAAGACCAAACCAGGAGCAUUUUGUUAAGCUGUCAUACCCACAUCCAUUCUUCUGACUCAAGUUGUAAUUACUCUGCAUGUUUACAAUGGGGUUAAACUUACUCAAGUCAUUUAGUAAGACUGAAGACUAAAGACUAGGUAAGUCAUCUAGAAAACGAGGGUGGUGGUGAUUUAACCCAUUCCACGCCUCCUCAAAUUUCAUAGUAAUUUGUGAGAUGUGGUCUUCUGGACAAAGCAUUCUGGGAGGUUUUUUUUCAUGUUCAUGGACUGCUAUGAUGUACAGCUUUCCCCUUCUUUAGAGCCUACCUCAGUGUUAAGCAAGAACUCUUCAUUUUUCCCUGACCUGUCAGCUGCCCGUCAGAAGGCUCACAGAAGGUAAAUUCCAAGCUGGCAUUAAAUUACAAUCAAGACAGUAUUUGGUGUGGUGAGGCUAAGAACUGUAUCUGAUUGCAGAAGAUUGGAGAAGAUAGCUUUAAUAGUCCAGUGAAAGGCAGCCACACAGGCAGAGUUAAUCUGAUAUUCAGAGAAAAACUUAACAAUUUUAUUUAACAAGUUCUUCCCAAAGAGUGAGCUGAUGAAAGGAAAAGGAACUUAUCUAAGUUUGGGCAAUUUGAGGCAACACAAAUGAAAUUAUAUGAUUUCUAAAGGGCUCUUGUGAGGUCAUGGAAUCACCUUUGACAAAUCACAAAAUGUACACUGCUGGCUAGGAAAAGUUUGGGUGGCCAACUUACAUUAUUAACUCAGCUGAUAAACCAAAUUAUAUGGUAAUUACCUUUCCCCCCCUCCCCCCUGAUUUCCCACUGAUGCAGCACUACAGUUUUUUUAACAUACACCCUUUUAUUCAUUUGGGAACAAUGAGUUAAAACUGAUACAUCAAGUGAUAUUAGAAUAAAUGUGUAUUCCAGCCUAGUUACCCACCCAACUGAAGCUUAUCUAGGUUUCCUCAGCAUGAAAUGACUAAGAGUAUUGCUCUUCCCCCCCUGGAUGGAAUGCUAGUCUAUUAAAAGGUUACCUCCCAGUAUUUAAUCAGGCUUCCCUGAUGACUGGUUAGUACCCAUUUAUACAUACUCUUGGGUGUUAGAGAACCACUGAGAGAGUAAAGAACUUUGCUAAAGAACACCACAAAUUAGCAUGGUCAGGUCAAGAACUCAGACCUCUUGAUCUGGAGUCCAGGGCAUUAACCUUCAAGCCAUUGCGUCACCCAUGAUAUUAAUAUAACUUCAAAAUUAGAUCAAGUAUGUUUCUCUGCUAAUAAAUCUUGAUAUAAAUCUUAAAAUUUGCCUUUGCAGAUUAAAUGCAGGGUUACAACAUGCUGUGGAUGACAGUGAUCAGAAGGCAGCACUGUACAUGCAGGCCAAGGCAGACAGACAAUUAAACCUGACAUUUCCUCCUGCCAAGUCACGAGGAACAACAGCUGCUGAGAAUCAAGACAGACUGGGUUAUGCAUUCAGUGGCUGGUCUGAUAGUCCUGUAGGUGUCUUUUCACUAUUUCAUUAUUAAGGGUUUGAUUACCUGAGGUGCUCCAAUUCUAGUUAGGUCACAAUGUGGCAUCUGGAGCAUGAAAUGGCAGAGACUUUUAAUGCUGGUAUUGCCUUAGUUGGAAUCUCAUAUUUACUUCAGUUUCUUUGGUAAUUCAGUAGUAAUAACUUUUCAAACUCCAGAGAGAUUUUGAGAGUAAAAAGAGGCAGUGGGAGUCAGGCUGGGCCACUUCUUGAACUAUAAAGACUUGAGCUGGAAGUGAGCCUUUCAAAUCUCUCACAAUAACCAAAAUCCUGACUUAAAUAAGUGUAACUAAAAUGUUGUUCAUUGAUUGCCGUUAUAAAUAUAACCUUUUUAGCCCCAGGAGUGUCAACAGCACAAAGUCUCCUAUUGAAUUUUCAAAAUCUUGCAACUGAAAUAAUAUCAUCCACCCCUUUCAAAGUCUUGCAUGCCCAUACCAUUAGCUACAGGUAACCUGACUUGAGCAAUUCCUGAGGUGCAACUCAGUCAUUUUUUUCACCAAUUAUUUUCUUAAUUCUGUAGUCAGCAGGGGUGGAAAAUCUUCGUUACAAUUCUCGCACCAGUUUGAAUCCCUUUGGAUACAACAGAAGAACUUUGGCAUUUCAACCAACUUCACUAAAUUAUGUUGUGGAAUGGCCUGAAACUUGGCCCUUGAAGAUCAUGUAAGUUACCUUGUUAAUGUCGCUCUGUUUAUUCUCGUAAAUCAAAGCCAGCUGAUGCAAACGUGUAAGUUGCUGUAUAACAUUGAGUUUACUUAUUCUCUAACAUGCAUUUUAAUUUUCUGAUUUUUCUAGGAGUCUAGGUAAAGGAACUGGGCCAGCACACAGACGGAAAACAAAACCCAAGUGAGUGAUUUUCUACUGAUUGGUCAGAUAUAAUUUUAAGAUCAUGACUUUCAUUAUUUUCCAGUGAUCCUAAAGAUUAAAUGUGAAGCAAAUACUAGCAUGUGCUAUGAAGUGCACCCUUCAGGAGGAAGGUGAAUGGACAUUCCAUAACACAUAGACUUACUUGCCAUGUGUUACUAGAUUUUCAACUCUUUUCUUCUUGUUUUUGGUAGGCCUAAAGUUCAUCGCAGAGUGCACUUUGAAACGUCUUCAGUCCCUUCCAAUUCAAGAACGAUUUCAAACAGAGUGUCCACUCAAACUCUAGAUGAUCCCGUACCAGAUCAGACUAAACAGGUUUUACCCGACAUACAGAAUCCUUCAACAAGUGUAGCAGUGGGAUCAGCUCUGCAAGGGCCUCAUGUUGCAGAAUGUCCUACCCAUAACAAUAAUGCUGAGGUUUUAUCUCAAGGAAGUUACCCUGACAGAACCAUGCUUGGUGUGGGAGAAGGACUUAAUUCAGAUAUAUCAAGAGUGUACUCUGAUGCGAGCUCGAUGUCUGAAAGUGCCUUUGCCAGUAUAUUGGAGGGCAAGGUGGGUAAAUUUGAUUCAUCUUCUUUGUUUGUCAGUGAGAAUCUUUUUGCAUACUUGAAUGGUUGUGGGUGAGCAUCUAUAGAUAGGUGUCCAAAACAGGAGGAUUUUUAAUACUUUGAACCACGUAACUUCAAAAGGGCCCAGUAUUAUAAAGGGCGGAUAACACUAUACGACGGAAUUAACUUGCUAUCCAGCGGAAAACUGUUAAUAAAAUGCAGUGCGCUAUUCCCCGGAUAGCGAUUCAUCCAGUGGAUAGCGUUAUCCGACAUUUCAACAACCGGGACCCGACUACUAAUUCUCCCCUCGGGCUGUAACACAUUCCCUUGUAAAUUAGUUACGGGAAUCUGGCGUUAGAUCAAGGUGGUAACUUCUACCUGAUAAAUUUGAUUAUUCUCAUUACCUCUAUGCUGGAUAAUGCGGGGAAAUUAUAGAGAGAAGUUACAAGGUAAUAAGUUCUAAAGGGUUAAAGGUUAGCGAGUUGGUUCAAUUGCUCACGUAGUCUUUCCCAGACAAAUCAAACCGUAAACCAGUGACUACCUGAGGAUAAUAAAGUGGUGUCGUUCGUAAGAAAAGGGGAUAUGCUCUCGUCAAAUUAGGAAUUCUUUUCAAACAUCAAAAUGAAAUUAAGCUCAAAACGCCAGUUUUUGCUUCAUUGAACUGACAGGCUACCGAAGAACCACGUGAGACAGAGAAGCAGCAAACUGACAGUAUACCCUCGUGUAGCCCAACCCCCAUCAAAACAGCGGGUGAAAUGGUAGAUGAUGAACCAGAGAGUGUUGUGGAUUCAUUAGGGGUUGAAGAUAAGAUGGAAAACGAACAGUCACAAGAUCAAUUGAUGGACAUCGUGACGGAGAUAGCUGCAGAAACACCUGCAGAGGAUUACAUGCAGAACAUUUGACAGUUGCGGCUACGCGACCUGAGAGAGGCAUGCUUGGAAUAUAUCCGCUGGCCAGAGACAAAGCAGGCACCUUGUGUGAGAAGUGAGAGCUCCAUUGACAGUGUUUAAUACGGAAUGUUUUUUAAUUUAUUCUAUGUUUUCAGGUAGUCUCUUGCAGAGAACGAACUUACGUCCUGAGUAACAUUCGAAGAAAAACAGAACAUUUAAUUUUAGGGGGGCAAGGUUCUAAAGAAACUGUAGAGCUGCGCAUGAGAGAGGUAUUACAAAAUGAUUUGGUUAAAUCAAAUGAGCUGAAAAUGUAAACUGGCCACCGUAAAGAGUUUAAAAGCUGACGUUUCGAGCGUUGGCCCUUUGUCUGUCGCUCUGACGAAGGGCUAACGCUCGAAACUUCAGCCUUUAAACUCUUUACGGUGGCCAAUUUACGUUUUCAACUCUGAUGUUAACUCUAAAUGACCUGUUAUCUUGUGAUACAUUUUAUUUGUCAGCUUGUUCGUAUAACUUUGCCCCUUUACUUGCAUAGCAAUUUGAAAAUGACAGAAGGCUUUCGGCUUUUGCUGAUCGAAACUUGAAGAUUUUCUUUCCCAAAACAAUAUCAUUUUUAUAUUAUAUUUUAUAAAUUCCUCAAGAGUGCUAUAAAAGAUAUGUGUGUUUCAGUAUAAGCUUUACCUAAAAGAGUGUUUUAAUAUAAGAUUAUAUACAUACAUAAAGAAGAGUAUAUUCGGUUUUAUUUUACUUUCUUUUCCUAAAGAAAAAUACAUAUGUACGUUUCAUCGGAGAUGGGUGCGGCUAAUGGUGAUUAAAAUGCCACUGCAUGUUUCCGAUAAUGGCAACGGCAACCGGUGAAAAUCUUGACCUCACUCGUUCUUCCUUUCAAGCUUUUAACCAGCCUCGUAUAGAAAAGAGAAAAAUGAGUACUGAUGCAAGAAUGUUCACUCAAGUGUGUUAAUGGCUAAAGGCAGGCGGCAAGAACUUCAAUUUUUUUGCCGAUUGACAUUCUCCGUUAAUGUCCUUUUUAACCCGUUUAUUACGAUCAAUGGCUACGGCAAGUGUAAGCGAUAGAUUUCACUACUGAUUUCGCCUUCUUUUAAAAUUACAGAAAAGUUUAAAAUUUUAUCUCAUUCACAAUUAGUAGGUUCUAUGUUUCUGACACAACAAAAGCAAAUAUUUGAACUUAUUUCACAAACUGUUGAAAGGCACGCCGCAAAAGUUUAAGUUUUGCCGCUUGCCGUUCGCUAAAACGUGAUUGAAUAUUUUUAUUGUUUUUAUCUUUUUUCUUCUACUUUAUCCAUGGCAUGGCAUGCAGCAGUACAAGGUAUUAAUAAGUGAUUAUUCCAUGUUUCUUUCUUGGGUUGCGUAGCGUAUGGGUAGCGUUGCCCUGGUUGUGAUAGCGAGGGAACAAAAGGGCGCUAGGGGACGCUUUUAUAGUUAUUGUGUAAAGUGUGUAUUUGGGAAAAAGCGACUAAGGUAAAACGCUUAUUGACUGAGUUGGGUUAGGCUGAGUGGACUGACUGGUUUUUUUGGCCCUCAGUCACGACGUGCGGACCCAGGGUCGUCAAAAAGAUUUUGAUUAACUGGACUGUGAUUCUAGGAGGCGUUACCAGGGGUAAUCGUUGACAUGCCUCCAUGCCGAAAAUUGAGCCACACACAUUCGGAAUAACUGGCGCGUUUUUCAGUGUAGAUGGUGAAACGCGCCGAUUGCCGUCUUAUUUUGAAAACCCUGUGGACCUUAAGAUCUCGUGCGGCUCCACCAAACUCAGUCAUAAAGUACUUAAUGUUAACAAUUACCAAAUGCCAUGAUUUUGGUUAAAAAUUUGCGUUCAAAACGCACAAACUUAAGAUUUUACAGAUUUAGGCCUUCUUAAGAGUUUGAGAUUAUUGCUUUAUUGAAUAGAGAUUUAUUAUAUAUUUGUACAAAACGUAUUUCUUCAAAAUUUAUGAAAUUCGGACACAUUUCAACUGUUGGUCU